CCACCAGAAUGGCUUACUGAUACCAUUCCACGCAAGGCACCAUUUGUCCCUCAGAUGGGAGAUGAGGUGAUGUACUUCCGCCAAGGCCAUGAGCUCUACCUGAAUGCAGUGGUCAAGCACAAAGUGUAUGAAGUGAAUCCCAACAACAACCAGCCCUGGCACAAGAAUCCAAAACUCAGGGAACAAGAGCUGGUGAAGAUUGUUGGCAUCAAGUAUGAAAUCCGCCCUCCGAGACUCUGCUGCCUCAAGCUUGCGUUCAUUGACCAUGAGAGCGGGAAGCUGACAGGAGGAACGUUCUCCAUCAAGUACCACGACAUGCCUGAUGUCAUUGACUUCCUGGUGCUCAAACAGACCUACAACAUUGCCAUGCAGAGGAAAUGGAAACCCAAUGACCGGUUCCGUGCUAUGAUAGAUGACCACUGGUGGAUGGGCACAAUCCAAUCCCAGGAACCCUUCCAGGCAGAGUUCACAGACAGCAUGUACCAGUGCUUCAACGUCCACUGGGACAAUGGAGAACAUGAGAAGCUGAGUCCGUGGGAUCUGGAGCUGAUUGAUGAGGAAAACGGAGUAAAGAACACAGUAUGCCUCAGGAUAAGAAAAAGUGUACCAGGAGACGUUGGUGGGGGAGUGAUGGUUGAGAAGGAGGAGUUGAAGAAGCUGCUGUAUAACACCGGGGCCAAUGAGUGGCCUUCAUGUGGCCGGGAUGAGGAGUGUGACAGGAUCGUUCAUGGGCUGGAGGAGGUGAUGCAGCAUUCAAUGGCUGAGCCCUUCAAUGCACCAGUUGACCUGAAUGCCUUUCCACUGUAUGCCCAUGUAAUUGAAUACCCUGUAGACCUGAGCACCAUCAAGGCCAGACUGGAGAACAGGUUCUAUAGGAGAGUGAAUGCUGUCCAGUUUGAUAUUAGGCAUAUUGAGUCCAAUACGGCAAAAUUUAAUGAGCCAGGAAGUGCCAUUGUACAAAAGGCAGGAAUCAUCACCGAGACGAUGCUAAGCUUCAUCAGUGACAGUGAUGCUGUGGAUGCUAUGCCAUUCCUGGCGCAGGAGAUGAAGGAGAGAAAGAUGAACAGUUCCUCCUCUGAUACCGAUGAUGUCACUGACGAUGCCACCAGCAGUCGGAAGAGAAAAAGGGGAGAUAAAGUGAAGGCCAACAAGAGGUCGCGUCUGGAAAAGCCCGUGGACCCCAACAAGUGGAAGUCAGAGUGUUCGCAGCUCAUUGCCAGGAUCCUAGAGUGCGAGGACAGCAAGCCAUUCAGGACUGCUGUUGACCCUGAAGAAUAUCCAGACUACUACAAGUUUGUUGAGAACCCCAUAGACUUUGGCCAAGUGCAGGAGAAGGUGGACACUGACCAGUAUACAAACCCAAUUGAGUUGUGUCGGGAUGUCAGACUCAUCUUCAUCAAUUCAAAGUCCUACAACACCAACAAGAAAUCUAGAAUAUAUGCAAUGACCUUACGGUUGUCAGCCAUGUUUGAAGAUCAGAUCAAGGAGAUUACCAGCCACUGGAAGUAUGCCACUAAAAGCAGACAACUGCCUAAACCAUCUGGCAGCAAAUUGUCCCGUACAAGUAUCAAGACAAAUGGGAACUUGCCAUCAGCAAGCCGUCGUGACAGAGCCCCAGGGUCAUCGACUGACAGCAGCCAGCAGUCAUCCAGCGCCAGCUCCAGCAACACUCCAGUCCGAGUGACGAGGUCACACGGAGGAGGUGGCGGAGAGCGGGGUUCGGCGGAUGGUUACAGCAGUGGUCCAACACCCUACCCCCGGUCCCGGAGAACUGCCCACACUUCACGGGUGUCAGCCCGUAAGGUGAUAAGGAGUGAUGGAGAGAGUGAGGAAGAUGAAGAGACGGAGGUAGAGGAAGAAGAGAAGGUGAAUGUUGAAGAUGAUGAGGAAGAAGCAGAGGAAGUUGGGAAGGUUCGACGGACCAAACGGAAAGUGUCUCGCCGCCAAGUCCUGGUUCAGGAUGAGUCUGAGGAGGAGGAGGAGGAGGAAGAAGAAGAGGAGGAGGAGGAGAUAGCUACAAAACCACGGGGAAAGGUCCAGCAAAAACGUAGCAAAAACCGGGCAUCAGGUGGGAAAAGUAAAGGGGGGUGUUUCAAACGGUCACUCCAAACCUUCUUACAGAACACGGGCCGCCACGGGCAAAGUUAAACCUGCUAAGUACAUGCCUGAUGAAAGUAGCUCAUUAGUGUCUAAAUCAGAAUCAAACUCUGCAACCACAUCAUCAACCACGUCGCCUAGAGGCAGAACAUCAUCAUCAGAUAGCAGUAGUAGCAACAACAACAGUGGAAGCGGCACUGAUGACCACGAUGAUGAAGAUGACAAACAGCACAGUGACUAUGUGAACUCAUCCAGAUCUUCCAAACGUGGAGCAGCAAAACCGGCCACCAGGUCAAUCCAGAAACAAGUAGAAAUAGUGCGCCAUAGUGCGAGAGAACGGCGGAAAGUUCAAGACAAUAUUUUUGUGUACGAACAACAAAGAAAAUCCAGAAUCAAGACCAGAAACCAAGGGAGGAGGACAGUGCAGUAUCAAGAAGAUGAGAGUGACAAUGAGCGAGCAAAUGGUCGGAAUGGAAUGGUGGAUUCCGACUCGGACUCAGACUCAAGUGAAAACCGGUCAUCUCCAGACAUGACCACUACGAGUAGUAGGGGUCGUAUACGGAAACUUACACCGCGUGCCAGAGCUAGUCUGAUGGGAGACUGACAUAUGGAAGGUCAUCUCAUCUAAGUGCUUUACAGUGGUGCAUCAUAUGGAUACUUCGCUCAAAAUACUGCCAUAAUGUACGCCCAACUGGUUACCGUGUGGUAUUACUCAAAUGUGCUUGUGUGUGAAGACUUUACUGUGUGGAUGUUUGCGUGAACCUGAAGUUUUCUUUGAAGACCAGAGUGUGAAUAUUAUGCAAAUGUGUGAACUCUUACCAAGCAUUUAAUUCUCAUCACUUUUUCACUUUGCAAAGAGGAAAGUAACGCAUUGCUCUUAGAGUAGAAGUGUUCUGAAGUCUUCAGUACGACCUAGUUGGAAUCAAAAUCUGAAAACAGUGACACACUGUGAAAUAUUUCUACCCGAUUAGUUAGCCAGCUGUAGCAUUCAAACUGAGGCAAAUCUAGACACGUCUGUGAUUAAUAUGUGUGAUUGUGCAAGUCAAUUGCAGUAUCACAUUUGCUCAACGAAACCAUUUUUGCAAAUGCCAAUGAAUCAGAGUAGUAAUUCUCUAUCAGUCUGGUGAUAUGAUGCUACAGCUACAUUGUAGGAUAAAUAAGUAAAGUUCAUCCUCAUUGUGUUAUUCAUUGUAUGUUUCAUUGUUGUUUUAUCAUCGGCUUAUCACAGAGAGUAAUGUGACUGUGGCAGCAUAUGGAGUCAUUUCUCCUCCUCAGGAAAUAGUGCUUAUGUGAUGAACUGUAUCAUUUAAACACAGCGAUUCAUGUUGUUGUAGUAAAGCUAACAAAUACUGGUGUGCCAGCCAUGGAGAAACUAAUUGAAGUUUAUUAUCGGAGAUCAGAAAAGUGGGGAAUUUCUUUAAUUAAAAUUGUCUCAUUUGAUGUACCGGGUAAGUAAAUUUAGUUUCCUGUACCCAACUGCACCCUUUAGUCUACCGACAUAACUAUGCCGUUGAUCUACAGUUUAAGCACAGUGAGACCCUGUUAAUGUGGACAGUGAGACCCUGUUAAUCUGGACUAUGUGCUUUCCAGUCAGAUAACCUUGAUCAACAAGUGUCUGAAUUUACCAACCAGCAUGAUGUUCCUUUCACUGUAUGGACACUGAGAAAAGUGGUUGUGCAGAACUCAUGUUUUUUUUUAUUAAUAUGGUUUCAUUGUACAUUGUUUGUCUGGUUUAUGAGUUAUGAUGGUCUGUUUGAUUGACAUAUAGAAGUUCGUGAGUAAUAAAAAAGUAAGAUUCUUUAUGGAUAACAACUUCUUUAUUAUAUUUGAUGCGACGUUUCGGUAUGGAUUCUUAUACCGUUGUCAAGCA